AAUAGCUUAUAUGAUGUAAAAUUCUUAUAUUGUUUAUCAGAUUUUGUGUUAGAAAUAUUGCAAAUUCCCCAAACUUAGUUCACUUCGCCAAAUCGGCACCUUAUUUCCCCGACUGAGAGCUAGGGUUGGAUUAUUGACGCCGAUAAGGCUAUACCUCGGCACAGCCUGAGACAUAUCCAACCACAACGACGACCCUUCUCUUACUUCCUACAAACAUCUUCUUGAUCUCAUCCACGGAGUAACUUCGCAUUGGAACUAGCAAUAUGACAGAACUCACGAAAAAGAGCGUUCUAAUUACAGGAUGCUCACCAGGCGGCAUUGGCCAUGCUCUAGCCCUCGAAUUCCACUCAAAAGGACUACACGUCAUAGCCACAGCCCGAGACAAAGUCGUGUUAAAAGACCUCGAGGAUCUCGGGAUGACAAUCCUAAGCCUGGACGUCACGAGCAAAGCCAGUACCCUCGAAGCGAAAAUGGCCGUUGAGAAACUGACAGGCGGAGGACUAGAUAUUCUAGUCAACAAUGCAGGACGUAACUGCACGAUGCCCGCCCUAGACGUAGACGUCACCGACGCACGCGCCUGUUUCGAAACAAACCUCUUCUCCAUAAUCCAGCUAACGCAAACUUUCACUCCCCUCCUCAUCGCCUCCAAAGGCCUAAUCCUAAACAUCGGAUCCAUAGCCGCCAUCGUACCAUAUGUUUUUGGCUCCGUGUACAACGCUUCCAAAGCAGCGCUGCACGCGUUCUCGAAUACGCUGAGAUUAGAGCUAGAACCGUUCGAUGUCAGGGUCCUGGUCGUGGUCACGGGGGGAGUCAAGAGUCGCAUUGCAAGGACGGAGAGGGUGUUGCCGGAGGGGAGUCUGUAUGUGGAUAUUGAGGAUAGUUUUCAGAGGCGCGUGAAGCAUAGUCAGGAGGGGGCGAUGCCGGCGGAGGUUUAUGCCAGGGGGGUCGUGAGGGAGGCGUUGAAGGGAAGAACGAAGAAGCAGGUUUGGAGGGGGAAUAAGAGUGGGCUCGUUUGGUGGGUGUGGAAUUUUCUUGGGGGUUGGGUUUUUGAUUUGGUCGUGCCGGGGAUGUUUGGGUUGGAUCGGUUGAGGAGGAUUGUCAAGGAGAGGGUGGUGGGCAAGUAAAAUUCAUGGGGUGAUUUUUGUGGUGAGGAAGUGAGAGCUUGAGGAACCAUACUGCGGAGAGAACAAGUUGACGAGAAUUGGCGGUUUACAAGAUAGAUUCACAUUGCUGAUCUGUACGCUAUAGCUAAUGCAAAGCAAAAUAAAUGUUGUAUC